AAUCAGAAAGAUGAAAGAGUCUAGGGCGCGAACGCCAUCUUGUUCACGGGAUUUCCUGGUCUUAUCUAUUUCGAUUCUGUGAAUAUCUCGCUUAAAUGCGGCUUCUGCAUAAUAAUUCACUUCAUGGCUCAAGAGACUCAGCAAAAUGAACCUCGUGGAUCUAUUAGCCUACGAAAUACUCAACUGCAACAUCCCAACACAUUAGCAAUUAUUAAUAAUUACUCAUCUUCUGGGGAAAUUCAUACGAUCCAGAUAUCCAGUUCAUCGGCUAAACUGCCUACGGCAACGUCCAUCUGCUCUUUGUCAGCAAAUAAUCAACCCAUUCAGUACAUUGGACCGGAGGCCAGGACUUUAUGUGUUCCUGUUUGUGGUGCUCAUUCAUCAUAUUCCCAUUCGAUUGUGCACCGUGCAUCCCCCAAUUCAAAUGUUGGAUAUAAUCCUGGAUCAAUGACUCAUGCUCAUUGCAGCACUCCUGCCAGCCAGCCUGAUAUGCUUGAAACAUUGUUAUCCAGAAAUGUAUAUAAUACACAGAUUCAUGCACAGAACCACUCUCCGCGUGUUCUCGGUCCGUCAAUAGUCGUAACCAACAUACCAAGCCAAAAUCCACCAGUAAUGAGCAGUCCUGCCAAUAUUCGCAACGCGGCUCCUGUUUCAAGCAGUCACUCAAUAGGUCAGACAUAUACAGCUACUUCUAGCGCCCCUUCAGUAGUUGCAACAGAUCCGGAAAAACGUCAACUCAUCCAACAGCAGUUGAUCUUAUUACUUCAUGCUCGCCGUUGUCAGCGCCAAGAAGAUGAGAGCAAUGGACGAAUAAGCCAAUGUACAACACCCCAUUGCAACACAAUGCGUGGAGUUUUACAACACAUGACUUCAUGUACACAGGGUAAAAAUUGCCAAACGCCACAUUGUGCUUCCUCUCGUCAAAUUAUAUCACACUGGAAAAACUGUAACAAUCGGGAGUGCCCUGUGUGUGAACCUUUGAAACAAAACCAACACUACCAACGUAAUCAAAUGAUACGUCCGCCUCAAAAUUCAACUCAGGUACAUCCAGUCACGAAUCGCGUUCCCGAGGUAAAUGGUGUUGAUUCCAGUCCUCAUUCCUGUACUGCCCAGCAACCACCUAGCCAACCUUUCCGAGCCACUUCCAUCGCUAGUGUUCCUGUUAACACAGCUGUUACACGAGCACCUAGCUCAGUAAUCCCCAGUACUCAGAUCUCAGAUGCUUCGAACUUAAAUGGUGUCAGUGGUCAUAUAGCAGUGAACUGUACUCCUGUUGAACAAAAUGACUGGCGAAAAGGUGUGGAUAUAUCUCAACGCAAUCAUGUUGUCCGCAGAAUUGUACGUUUCAUUUUCCCGUUUCCGGAUCCUGCUGCUUAUUCAGAUCCAAGAAUGCGAAAUCUAAUCGAAUAUGCACGCAAAGUUGAACGCGAAAUGUAUGUUACUGCUACAGAUAUUGAUCAUUAUUUUCAUUUGUUGGCUCAGAAGUGUUACAAGAUACACCGUGAGCUAGAAGAAAAACGUAAAAGUCGCCAGCUUGGAAUGGACAGUUCAGUAGGGAGUUCUCAGUCUGUAGUAACAUCAUCUUCUGCUGUUAACUCAUCGCAAUUGAAUCAGAGUUUAUCCACAUUAUCUAAUCAGUUGGCUUCACCUUCCAAUUCAGUUUCUUCUACAUUAGGUUCUUGCACAGCUAACAGAGUUCCGAACUCCAAUAUUACCAACGGCAACUACAAUUCUUCAACUGAGGGGUAUGAAAUGAAUUCAUUUGCAACUCAGGAUUCAAACAACUCGGAAACCGACAUGUCAAGAUUCGAGCAUUACUUACAAAAUGCUUGCAAUCGUCAUCGUUUCAAGUCAGAUUCAGGAACAGCAGGAUCUUCUGAUUCACCUGUUGUAUCCUCAUCAGUUACAAAUCUGAAGACCGCCACGUCACAGCCCAGUAUUAAAUCAACAAUAGAAGAUACCAAAAUGGUCAGCACUCCAGCUGUAGCUGCCUCAGGAGAUGGCAUCCUGAUUAAAAGCAAAGUAGUAAAGUCUGAAAUGAAAGUUGAUGAGACGCCAUGUAACGAUCCACCAGUGAAUAAUGAUUCAUUUUCUGUAGACACCACAUCAAACCUUAAUUCAAGCAGUGUCUCACUAGCUUCAAACAUGUUACCUGUAAAACCAGAUGAAAGCAAGUGGAAAAAGUGGUCACGCGAAGAGCUUUUGCGCCAUUUCCUUCAGUUGCAUGAAGAAGUAUACAAUGAUAAGUAUGCAGAACCUUUCCGUGCUCCAGUCGAUCCAGUAAUGCUACAUAUACCUGAUUAUUUCCAAGUUAUUAAAGAACCUAUGGACCUUACGACUAUUCGAAAUAAUUUGGAGGAUGGCAAGUACACGGACCCAUGGCAGGUCGUGGAUCACUUUCGACUGAUGUUUAAUAAUGCAUGGCUGUACAACAAGAAAACCUCCAAGGUUUACAAGAUGUGCACCAAGUUGGCAGAACUUUUUCAGAGUCGCAUAGACCAGGUCAUGCAAGCAAUGGGGUUUUGUUGUGGUCAGGAUUAUGAAUAUCAACCUCAGGGUUUAUAUUGUUCUUCUUCAAAUUUAUGUACAAUAAACCGGGAUGCUACUUAUUUCGUCUACAUCAACAAUGAUAAACAAAUCGGUCUCGUAUGUGAUAAAUAUUAUCAAUGCGAAAAAUGUUUUAGCGAAGCUGGAGAUGUAAUUAUAUUAGCUGACGAACCAAAUCAGUCUAUCCCGAUUAAACGAGAAAUGUUUGAGAAACGAAAGAAUAAUGUGAAGGAAAAAGAAGAAUUUGUUAUUUGUGUGGAAUGUGGUAGACGAUGGCAUAAAGUUUGCGCCUUACACAUGAACGAAAUAUGGCCAAGUGGAUAUAUUUGUCCUGGUUGUUUACGGGAGCGUGGUAUAAAGCGGAAAGAAAAUCGUUUCACUGCUAAGAAGCUACCCGUAACGCGCUUAAGCAAUUUCUUAGAAAAGCGUGUUAACGAUUUCCUUAAGAAAAAAGAAGUUGGUACUGGAGAAGUUACUAUUCGCGUGCUGGCAAGUUCUGAUAAAGUUGUAGAAGUUAAGCCUUUAAUGCGUGCAAGAUUCACUGAAAGUGGCGAGUUGUCUGAAUCAUUUCCUUAUCGACUAAAGGCUGUUUUUGCUUUCCAAGAAAUCGACGGCCAGGAUGUGUGUUUCUUCGGUUUGUACGUGCAAGAAUAUGGUUCAGAAAGUCCUCAACCCAAUCGUAGAAGGGUUUAUGUUGCUUACCUAGAUUCAGUUUUCUUUUUCCGACCAAAACAAUAUAGAACAGAUGUGUAUCAUGAGAUUCUCGUUGGUUAUCUGUUGUAUGCAAAGCGGUGUGGUUAUGCGAUGGCACACAUAUGGGCUUGUCCACCUGGCGAAGGCGAUGAUUAUAUUUUUCAUAUGCAUCCUACCGAGCAAAAGAUUCCUAAAGCAAAGCGAUUACAGGAGUGGUACCGUCGGAUGCUUCAAAAGGCUAUCAUAGAAGGAAUUGUGGUGGACUACAAAAACAUCCUGAAAGACGCAUUAGACCAUCAACUUGUGUCACCUACAGAGAUCCCUUAUUUUGAAGGUGAUUUCUGGCCAAAUACACUUGAAGAUAUUCUUAAGGAACUGGAGGAGGAGGAAGCUCGUCGGCGUCGUGAAGAGGCAAUGGCUCAGGCAGAGGCUGAAGAUGAUGAGGCAGAUUGUUCAAGCUCCACUAAUGAGGGACUGCCUGGAGAUCCUGAUAAGCGCAGUGGUAAAAAGAAGGCUAAGAAACGCAAAGGUAACAAGAAAGGCAAUACAUCAACUGCAAGUAAAAGAAAACGCUUAGAUGGGCCAAUAGACGGUGCUGAAGAACUUUCACGAAAGGUGUACGAUACUAUGGAAAAAUUAAAAGAAAUAUUUUUUGUGAUACGCCUUCAUCGACAUAACUCGGCUGCCUCACUUCCACCCACCACUGAUCCAGAUCAACCUGUACAUAGUGAGCUAAUGGAUAGUCGAGAUGCAUUCUUACAGAUGGCCCGGGAAAGGCAUUUGGAAUUUUCAUCUUUGCGUCGUGCUAAGUAUUCUUCUAUGGUCCUAUUGUAUGAACUGCAUAUGGAAUUGCGUCAAAGCUUUAUGUAUAACUGUAAUGUUUGCGGUGCUCAGAUCGAAACUCGAUGGCAUUGUAAUGAGUGUGAAGAAUAUGAUCUGUGCUCUCGUUGUUAUAAGACAGAAAAUCAUCCACAUCCUAUGGUUCAAUAUGGUCUUGGUAUAGAUGAAGAUUCAGGCACAAAUGAAGAAACAGGUGAUAGACCCAGUGGUACUGGUGCUACACCUGAUCGUCGAAUCAGCAUAGAAGGAUGCAUAAGGUCUUUGCUUCAUGCUUGCCAGUGCCGGGACGCGAAUUGCCGCAUGCAGACUUGUGCUCAGAUGAAACGAGUUUUAUGCCACACUCGAAACUGUACCAAGAAAGCGACAAACAGUUGUUUGCUCUGUCAACAGCUGUUGUCGUUGCUAUGGCACCAUGCUCGUAGUUGUGAAGAGUCUAAGUGCCCUGUUCCCUUCUGCUCAAACAUAAAGUAUAGAGUUAAGCAAAAGCUAUUGCAGCAGCGGUUGCAACAAAAUAAGUUGCUCAGACGUCGUAUUUCGACAAUGCACCGAGGAGCACUGCCAACCAGUGAAACACAACCUCCUACACAAAAUUGUCCUACCUCUGUAAUAGCAUCUAUCUCUUCUACUUCUUUAAAUCCAAGUAGCAUUAAUUCAGUGCAUCAAACUCAAUCUCCCAAUCACCAGUCUUUAACCACGAACACAGUGAGAAACCCACAGUUAUCUACUUCCUCAAACUCUGUAGAAAAGCCUCUAAGUAGUACUACCCCUGUGAGUUUUCAACCACAAGCUCAGGUACAACAACAAGGUCCAGUAUUGCUUUCCACGGGAAAUCCUCAAUAUUCGCAACCACCUCGUAUCCCAGUACCAACUGUCGCUUCUCAGAACAACCAGGGUGCAAACCCACGUCCACCUGUGGUAUGUUCUUCAGUAAUGCCUUCUGGAGGUCGUGUCAUAAUGCAGCCACCAAUAAAUGCAGGCCCCGUACAACGUACAAAUACUCCAGUCACUGUAUCCGUCACCUCAGGUUGGCGAGCUCGCCCAGUAAUAGCUACUGCAUCUCAAAGUACCGUCCACUCGUCUACCGGACAACUAAUACAAUCACAAGCGCAGCCAGCUUCUGCAACAUCAACUCACUCUUCUGUGUCUAUUCUUAAUCCUGUAAACAGUCAAAAACCAACCAUAUCUAACAAACCUACGCAAGUUGAGAUAGACCAUGUUAGUCAAGUAAUUAGCCUUAUUAAGGCUACCGGGACUUCAAGCGAUGAACAAAACCGUCGGGUGAGCAACUUACUGCUUUUAAGAAUUUUGAUACAUCGUUUCUUUCUGUUAUGCAUGUAUGCAAAACAUGCUCACCACAUAAGCCGUAAGCAUAAACAUUUCAAAGCGUGGGUGAGUUAUUAGGUAGUAUUUGAACACAUGAAUAUGUUUGCCAAUAUAUUACCAAUCGAAAUUCCUUGUAAUGAGUAUCAUUGCGAGUAACGAAUUGAUAAGUAGCUCAUGAGAUAAUUCAACUCGUUUACUUUCACCAUACGAUACAUGUUAACUUUCCUUUAAAUUGUAUUUAUAUUAGGUGAUAUGUCAAACGGCACUGGAAUAUUGCUACUGAUUUUGAUAUCUGAUACACCACUUUUUUAUUAUUUUGCUUAAUAAAUGGGAAACGAACUUCAUAAACCAAUAUCUACUCGUUUAUUUGUUUUUUUAAAUAUUGUUUUUGUUUUAUUCUCUCAUAGUUUAUCGCAUGGAUCAAACGCCACCCCGAGUUUCAUGCUGCUUUUUUUGCUCUACACUCGCAACAUAAACAACAAGCUGAGCUACGUGCUCAAGCAAAUCAAAGGCGUGUGACUACUUCGGGAAGUAUGCCUGGUACUUCAUCACUAUCUACAAGUUCUGCACUUGCAACUUCCUCCAUAUCUGAUGCCUCCCAAUCUCUUCUAGGUUCUAGUGGGGUCUCGGGUAACGUUGUUAUCGUUCCAUCAUCUGUAUCUGCUAAUUCGAAUUCUCAGAACACAGGAUUAAAUCGAACUCAAAAUAUAAACAGUCUUUCUACACCUAUGUCGUCCAUGUCUGUCGUUACUGGUUCAACAUCUUUAGGUUCCACUCCUGCUGUGAUGCAUCAACCUGUUCAGUGGAUUUCUAUUCAGUCACCAAUCACUACAAAUCAUCACCAACCGUUGAUUACUGGAUGCACUGCACAACCAAUCCAAACUGUCCCGAACACUACGACUCUGCGUUUCCGAGCAGUUCCAGGUACUGCGACAUUGGUGCAGUCACAACCACAACAAGUACAGCAUUUCUAUAAUACGACUCAACUUGGUCCAGAUUCUGCGUUUAAUGGCAAUGAAUCUGGAUCUAACAUGUUUGUUUCAGCUACUGGUUCCAAUAUAUUGUCUGUAGGAAAUCAGCAGUCUCAAGUUCUUAGUGCUGUUCCUCAGCGCUUAACCCCAGCUUCAAGUUCAAAUAUGGGUCGUCAGUCCUCUACACCACAAGCAGCUAUUGUGCACUUUAGAUCACAGCAACACCAACCCUUGAGUGGUACAGUGAAUCCUAUGCAGCCUCACAUAAUCCUUACUAAUACAAGCGCUCCUGCGAGUGGCCCAACCCACCUCUCCCACCAGUCCCAACCACAACUUGUUUCUGCCACUUCCAAUGGUCGUCAAGUUGUUGCUUUAAUGACUCACCAAAAUAUUCCUCAUACAAAUGUUUCUGAUCCAGGAGCCCCUUUACGUGAUUCUAGUUCCAAUAAUUCUGCUAGUAACCUUGGCAACGGCAUACAAUGAUUUCAAUCUUCAGACGUAGUGGGGACACUUUCAUGUUGCUGGCUGUGUAAGUAAUUUUAAAGCUGUUUUUGAGCUGACAUGACAUGGUCAUGUUUUCUGUAUCAAUCCAAGUGCUAGUUAAUUUAUCCCAAAUUGCACUGAUGAAAACACUUAUUCGAAUUACAGGCUCAGACUAUUAUUCAGGGAGGGGACUUUUAAUAAAUGCUUCAUGUCCCUUCACUCUAACAACUUUGUGAUUUGUCAAACUUUAACGUCGCAUUUAUGUUAAUUUUGAUUCCUGAAUUUCCAAGCCAGUUGUGUGCAUUAUUUCACUUUGCUCCGGUGGUCGUUCGCUCUGUUUGGUUGCUGCGCACAUUAUUUUGAUACAUUUUGUAGUUACCCCUCCCUGCUUGUCAGUGCUUACACAUCAAAUGAGUUUAUAAUUCCCGAGGAUAUUCAAAUUAUUUUUCCCCGUUGUCUUUAUUUCCUGUUUAUUGCGGUCUUCGGAACAAAUUCACAACUCUAUCAGAUCUUACGAAAUUCACUGGUAACGAAUGAUUUGUUUACUUUUAGAUUCAAAUUUGUUUUCUUAUUUAAAUGUAUGAGCUAAUCUUUUGUGGCUCAUAUUCUUCUUUUCUUCAGCUUGUUCUAUCAAAUCAGGUUGAAGUGUGUUAAAUAUUUAUCACUGUAUACAUAUAUGUCAGAGUUUUAGAACUGGUUUGGUUGCGCCUCCAUUUGUUCAAUAUCCCAAGAAAUAGUUUAACAUUGCCUUUCCCCCAAAACUUCUUUAUUCGAACUUCGGGGUAAUAUAGACUUGUGUUGUAUAUAGCCGAAGAAAUUAAUCUCCUAAAUACCCUUCUUUAUUGCCUAGCUUUGUACAUGCGUCACAUACUUUUUGCAGUCAACAUUUUCUUUCUAUCAAAUUUCCUUCCAUUAUAGUAUAGUAUAACUUUGCUUAUGUAUAUGCUUUUAAAAUCCGGUCUGUUGUCUUUUCACUGAUGUAUCCCCAACACUUACUAUCUUCUAUUUGUCUUUGUACGCAUGAAAUGCGCCUGCUUAUAGGUCACCCACAAAAUUACUUUACUCUGUCUUUGUAAAUUAUUUUCUCUUUUUAUUAAGAGUUCUAUUGUCUAUUAUGUCUUUUUAUGAAAUUGAAAAUCGGAUAAUUGGAUUAUGUGCUGUUGAAAUAAUUUGUUUGGUUUGUUGUAUCAGGAUUAAAAAUUACUCCUGACUUUUGGGAAUUAGCCUUAAAUUUAGUGGCUUUAGUCGUUCAGGAAUAUAGAUAAUUCUUUC